UAUCGCAUCACUGCAAGAAAUUACUAAAGAGAGAAAUCUUGACAAAAACCCUAAUUAGAAACACAGGUUUGAGGAAUGGCUCUAGCUGCGGCUUCAACGGUUGGCUUUUGUGGCUCUUCUCAAGCGGUCCUGCAAGGCAGCCUCCAGCUGAGUGGCUCAUCAUCAGGACGCUUGAGCAUGAGUAAAGCCAAUAGAACGCCAUUUGCUAGACCAGGUGGUCUCGCAGUUCGAGCUCAGCAGCAGCAGAGCUUAGCUGAGACUGAGACGACGAGCCGCCGAGCCAUGUUGGGGCUUGUUGCGGCUGGGAUUGCCUCAGGGUCACUUGUCCAAACUGUGCUAGCCGAAUCCAAGGCGACCUUGGUUGGAGGACCCCGCGCAGUCUCUGGCUUACUGAAGCCUGUGAAAAUUGCUGGAAUCCCGGGUUCCAUUAGCCAAUCCGCCAUGUCCAAGGAACUCAUCCGUGCUGCAAUUCGAAUUGCGAAAACCAUCCCUGGUUUGGAGGUGGAGUACAUAGACAUUGAUAGCUUACCCUUGUUCAACAUCGAUCUUGUGAAAAAUGGCACUUAUCCAGACGUCGUGCAGACUUUCAUGGACCAGGUUCGUGCCACUGACGGCAUACUAUUCGCCUCGCCUGAGUACAAUUACUCUGUCUCUGCUCCUCUAAAAAAUGCAAUUGAUUGGGCGUCCAUGGACACAACUGUCUUGGGAGAUAAAACUGCUGCAAUCGUGAGCACAGGAUGGGAUCUUGGAGGGGCGAGAUCACAGUAUCAGCUCCGGCAGAUAGGGAUUAGACCUGAUGUUUAUUUCAUCAACAAGCCGGAACUCUUCAUUAACGUGCAUCCCACACUAUUUGGGGAUGACGGCAACAUAACUGACAGUUCUAUCGAGAAGGAGUUCCGGGAACUUCUUAUAUCCUUGAGAAACUUUACCAACCGAUUACGUCCGUGCUCCCAGAAUACAGCCACCACCAUUGCUACCUGAUCGCGCCAGCUCAAAAUCAUGCAUGCAUGGGGUCUUGAAGAAUAAAAGGUUGCCACAAACAUGAAUUUGAUUUGCUAUAUAUGGUAGAUCUGAAGUUUACUGUUAAUUUCCAGGUUUACUCAUCUCUAUCAUGCAUGUUACAUGGCGCCCGCCGUGCCUGCACCCUGCAACUUGUUUCCUUUCCUUAAUGUUUCGUGAUGUGAUGUCCGCACCUCUAAAUGCAAUGCUUGUGUUCAAUAAACUCCCCUGCCUACGCACCGGGGAUUUUCUAUUAAAUGAAAAAAAUGUAUGUGGCAAAAUUUAAUUAUGAGAUAAAUUACAGCUACGUUUUCUUAAA